AUGGCUGGUUCCAUCGCUGAGCUGAGAAGCCGUGUGAACGAGUACUCAGUCACCGUUGACGGCCUGCAGGCAACGGUCGAGAGCCUGAAAGAGGCGUUGGCAGACAGGGAUGCAAUCAUCUCCCAGCUGCAGCAGGACGUAGCUGCCCUGAAGAAUCUGUGUAUGCCCCGUGCAGGGUUUGCGGGUGGUAGUCCCGAGAAAGCGGCGAGCAGCCCGGCCCCUCCUGCAGGCGGCCACAAAACGAUGACGGCCCAGUCACAUCAACCUGUGCACCAUGACGGUUUCAGUACUCGGGGUGUUGCAGCUGCGGGUCAGCUGGUCGGGGCGCCGCUUCCAGCGCCACAGGGCUUAGAGGUGUCCGCCGUGGCGACUGGUGUACGGGCAGCAGACAUGAGAUCUCACUUGCCGGGCAUUUCAACGGCGGGUCCAGGAGCCAGGGUGCGUGCGGCGGAGUUUGGAGAGGGAGAAUCGGAGCGUACUGCAUGCACGGGUGCACGGGCGCGAAGCUCCAAGUGGACUGGAGUGCGUUUCGACACACUGAGCGGUAAGUGGCACGCAGCCAUUGGACUGGAGAAGGGCAGGUCAUACUCUACGCCGUUGGGAGCGUAUGACUCAGAGGUGGACGCUACUGAGGCUUAUGCUGCUGCUGCACUGGUCUUGCGUAAGGGCUGGGGUCCCCCACGUGGCUACGUCAUGGAACUCAGGAUCGAGGACCGUGCCAUUCUCGAGAGUAUGACUCAUGAUGAAGGGACCGAGCUUCUGACGGCCAAAGCGUGGCACAAGUGGCGCUCUUGGCGCCGUGAGCUGUAUCCCUCUGCCUUCUUUGCAGAGACCGCCGGCGGUCGCCCCCAACCAUUGUCUGCAGAGCAGGCUGCCGCAGAAGAACGUGCAAGGGUGCAGGGACAGGCUGCGGCUGCCAUUGGAGUGGCAGGAGGACAUGCCGGCGGCCGACCGUCAGCUGACAUUCCUGCUGUGCGUGAGGUGGCUGCAGCGGAGGGAGUGAUUGCAUCACUUACAGCACCAGGCAACAGGUAG